AUGCUGAUCUGUCUGGGUGUGGGAGGCAGUCCAUUGAUUGUUGCAACACCAGCCCCCCCCUUUUGCGCAAUUCACAAAAGGAGAAAACAACUUGUCGUGCGACAAUGUCCUCCGCCACCGCGAGGCGUAGGAAGCCCGCCGCUCUCUUCGCAAUCCUACCGCUCCGCUACCAUUACAGCAUCGAAUGGCCCGGUUGGCGCGACCACCUCGUCAGCCUCUGUCCUGGACAACCUACACAGCCCAAACGACGCAGCGACCAAGCUCGCCGAGGCGAUCGACGACUUUCUCGGCGACCUGGAGAAGAAGUUCAAGGGGAUAAGCGAUGAGAUACUCACGAAGCUCGAUGACAUGGCAGAGCGGUGUGAUCGGCUGGAGCAGGAGAUGUUGUUGAGGGACGCGAGUGCGAUGGAGAAUGUCGGCGGUGGCAAGGCCGGGAGCACGGCCGGGUCGAGCUGA